ACAACAUCCAACACACACCUCUCCUUCACAUCUUUCUUCUUUGUAGUAAACAAACAGAAAGGCAGAGAGAGAGAUAUAUCGGAGAAUACAAUGGCGUCGAACUCGCUCAUGAGCUGCGGCAUCGCCGCCGUAUACCCUUCCCUUCUUUCUUCUUCGAAGUCUAAAUUCGUCUCCUCCGGAUUUGCCCUCCCCAACGCCGGGAACGUUGGCCGCAUCAGAAUGGCUGCUCACUGGAUGCCCGGCGAGCCGCGUCCCGCUUACCUCGACGGUUCUGCUCCAGGUGACUUUGGGUUUGACCCGCUUGGACUUGGAGAGGUUCCAGAGAAUCUUGAGAGAUACAAAGAAUCAGAGCUCAUCCACUGUAGAUGGGCUAUGCUUGCUGUUCCAGGGAUUUUGGUACCAGAGGCUUUGGGAUACGGAAACUGGGUCAAGGCUCAAGAAUGGGCAGCAGUACCUGGAGGACAAGCCACUUACUUGGGAAACCCAGUCCCAUGGGGUACUCUGCCCACAAUCUUGGCUAUAGAGUUCUUAGCUAUUGCCUUUGUUGAGCACCAGAGGAGCAUGGAGAAAGACCCUGAGAAAAAGAAGUACCCUGGAGGUGCAUUUGACCCUCUUGGAUACUCCAAAGACCCUAAGAAGUUUGAGGAGUUGAAAGUUAAGGAGAUCAAGAACGGGAGGCUUGCGUUGUUGGCCUUUGUAGGCUUCUGUGUGCAGCAAUCGGCUUACCCAGGGACAGGACCAUUGGAGAACUUGGCUACUCACUUGGCUGAUCCAUGGCACAAAAACAUUGGCGAUAUUGUUAUCCCUCUGAACUAGUGGCUUGUAAAAAAAAUAGUAAUGUGUCCUAUGAUGAGCUUCAUGUGUAUCAAAACUCUCUGUAAUGAAAAUACAGAUUGUGAAACCUAUGAUGUUUUGUCUUGGUGAUCGACUGCUUCGUGUGAGCUUGAAUUCUCUGUGGUUUUACUAUUUGUAAUAUCAUAUUCCUGAUGUUUCAUUGAAACAAUAUUUAAAAUCAUUUAGAUUAUCAGA